GGAAGAUCUUCGCCGUCCAUUCGUUUGCCAGUUUGAUCGGGUUGUUGUUGUAACGGAAGUCGUACCACGGUCGUCAUGUCGCUGGAAGCUGUUAUCGAGAAGGUGAAGGCUCGCGUUAAUGCCGUCGAUCCGAACGGACCCCGGAAAGUGUUGGGAGUGUUCCAGUUCAACAUUAAAACCGCGUCCGGUGUGGAGCAGUAUGUGAUCGAUCUGAAGCAGUUGAAGGUGGAGAAAGGUACGACGGCGACCCCGGACGUGACCGUCACCCUCACCGUGGAGGACCUGAUCGCGGUCAGUGCCCGCACGCUAUCGGUUGGCGAUGCGCUAACGCAGGGAAAGCUUGAGAUUCAGGGUGAUGCCACGUUAGCUGCCAAGCUGGCCGAAGUCAUCUAAAUGCGUACUCCUCGGUACACCUUAAUCUCCGAUGUGAUUUACUGACGUACUGCGACCCCCGCUUCCGCGACGAUGACGCUCCCUCAUUUGACGGCGGUCGGGUUUCGUUGGCGUUAAAGAUUUUUUUUUUAAUAAACAGCACAAAAACGCUUCCUACUACA